AGACGCCAGAAGGAGGAGCAGAAAACAUCCGAGGAGAGGAAGGUGUCGCCAACUGAUAGGAAUACUUGAACAAAGAAAAAACCAACAUUGAUCGACACCUGCCGUGGACUAGAAAGAUGCUGACUUCAUCGUGACAGUGACAAGGGAACAUCAGCAAGCUGACUCGCCAUGGCUGCUCGGCAUCAGAGACCAGCGGACAUGGCAGACGGCUCAAUGGAGUCCAAAAAGACUGAGAAAAAGUGCUCCUGGGCCUCCUACAUGACCAAUUCUCCAACUGUGAUUGUGAUGAUUGGGCUGCCUGCUCGGGGGAAAACCUACAUGUCCAAGAAGCUGACGCGCUACCUCAACUGGAUUGGUGUGCCGACAAAGGUAUUCAACCUUGGAGUUUAUAGGAGACAAGCCGUGAAGUCAUACAAGUCUUAUGACUUUUUCAGACAUGACAACGCAGAAGCCAUGCAAAUAAGAAAACAGUGUGCUCUGGUGGCACUACAAGAUGUCAAGUCCUACCUAAAUGAGGAAGGAGGGCAGAUAGCUGUAUUUGACGCGACCAACACCACCCGGGAAAGGCGGGAGCUCAUCCUUAAUUUUGCAAAGAAGAAUGCGUACAAGGUAUUUUUUGUGGAAUCUAUAUGUGAUGAUCCGGAUGUCAUUGCUGCAAACAUCCUGGAAGUGAAGGUGUCCAGUCCAGACUACCCAGAGAGGGACAGAGAGAGUGUCAUGGAAGAUUUUCUCAAGAGGAUAGAAUGUUAUAAAGUAACUUACCAACCUUUGGAUCCAGAUGACCAUGACAAGUGCCUGUCCUUUAUUCAGGUCAUCAAUGUCGGCCGUCGGUUCCUGGUCAACAGGGUGCAGGAUUACAUUCAGAGUAAAAUUGUCUACUACCUCAUGAACAUCCACGUGCACUCCCACUCCAUCUACAUAUGCCGACACGGAGAGAGCCAUCACAAUCUGCAAGGACGCCUUGGCGGAGAUUCUGAGCUGUCAGACAGAGGCAAACAGUUUGCUGUGGCACUGAAAGGUUUUGUGGAUGAACAUCGUCUGUCAGACCUGAAAGUUUGGACCAGUCAGUUGCGGCGCACCAUUCAAACUGCGGAGGAGCUUGGUGUUCCCUAUGAGCAGUGGAAGAUCCUGAAUGAGAUUGAUGCAGGAGUGUGUGAAGAGAUGACUUACAAAAUGAUUGAGGAAACCUACCCAGAGGAGUACGCCAUGAGGUACCAGGACAAGUAUCACUACCGCUAUCCUGGAGGAGAAUCUUACCAGGACCUGGUGCAGCGGCUGGAGCCGGUGAUCAUGGAGCUGGAGCGACAGGGCAACGUGCUGGUUAUCUGUCAUCAGGCCGUCAUGCGCUGCCUGCUCGCCUACUUCCUGGACAAGAGCGCCGAUGACCUGCCAUACUUGAAGUGUCCCCUGCACACUGUCCUCAAACUCACCCCAGUGGCAUAUGGUUGUAAAGUGGAUAUUUUUGACCUCAAGGUGGAGGCUGUCAACACCCACAGGGACAGACUAUUAAACAAAGAAAGGGGAGACGUUCCACCAGCUUUCUACCGGAGGAAUAGCUUCACGCCACUGUCCAGCCACGACCAGAUCAAACGACCUCGCCUCUACAGCGCCGACAACCAACCGCAGCCUCGCUUGUCCCAGACUCCCGUUUUACCCGGCAUGCCGUUCUCUGAGGCAUCGGAGGGCGUGGAGCUGCGAGAAAGAGAGGACUGCCUGAACGGCUUCAGUGCAGGAGACACAGACGACUGUGUUGGCAGUUGAAGAAAAGUUUCUUUCAUUUAGUCUUGACCUUUGUACACUGCUGACCAAAUGUUUGGCCCGGCUUUGCGCCACAUGUAAUUUUCGCUUGUACCACCACAAGUUGUUUGUUUGCCACAUGCAACUUCAACAAAAUCGCUGUACAGGUCUGCCAUACAAACAGACUCCGUCCAUUUGUUGUUUGCAAAUAGGUAAGCUACCUAGAGCAGGGGUGUCCAAACUUUUUCGUUUCAGGCCCGUAUACCUAAUCAUGGACAAGGGCAGCUUUAAAAUUAAUCAACUUUAAUUUAUUAAACACGCCAAAAUCAGUCAAGCAAGCAAUUUCUAUGCUGUUCGUAUUUUCUAGGUAUUGUGAAAAAAAACCUGCUCCUUUAAAGGUGAUAAGGCAAAUAGUUUAGAGAUUUUCAAAAUUUUGUGAUGGCCACGGGGCCCUGUGUCCCAGUAGACUAGUUACAGCACUGCACUGAACAGCAGCCGAAACCCAUCUCCACAUUCAGAACCAAAACGAGCAAACUGUGGUGCCAUUGACCUUUUUUAAAACAGUUACUUGAGGAUGACAAAUGUGAUAUGUUCAUAAAUCGGACCUUGACAUAGCAGAAAGUGAAACAAGUUUCACUUCUAAGAUUGAAUUAUCUUUUUUUCACCAGUGUUUUGAAGAGAAUUUUAAAAUGAUUUUAGUUCUCAAUAGUUUGUGUAUCUUUGCAUAUCUAGAGUAUACAUAAACAAUAGUGGCACGUAUUUUUUGAAAACCUCCUUUCUCUGGCCACCUCCAUAUUUUUAUUUUAUUUUUUUAAACGUGCCUUGCAAGCCGUGUCAAAUGUCAUUUUUAUUUUAUGGCACAAGCAGCUGAAAAGUGCCGUAGCUUGGACACCCCUGACCUAUAGAGUGUCAAAUGUGUAGUCAAACAAUUGAGUGGAAACCUUUUCUUAAUUAGCAUUUCCUUUCGCUGUCAUUAUACUCUCUGCAAAAUGUAUUAUUUUACUUUCGAUUUAGUUUUAGCAAUCAAUACUGGAACAACCUUGAUUUGACUUUAUGGCACUCCAAAAUUCAAGCAACUUGGCUUUGUUUGUUGUGGGAAAAAAAAAAAGAUCAGAUUUCAGGAACGUUGUCAAAGCAGACAGAUGUGUUUGCAUUUGCCGUCUUCUUUUUGUGGGUCACUGCAGUUGUUGAAUGAUAUUCCUCGGCAGCGGCGUUUAUGCUGGUCAGUGGAGAGUUGUUUUUUGUUCCCUGCUGGUCUGUAUCUUUGUUGUCUCUAAUGUCUGCCACUUGACGUUGUUCUAAAGAACUAACCCAUUAUAGGAUGAUGUAAUAUGAUGGCCUCAAUAUCUCUCUCUCUCUCUCUCUCUCUCUCUCUCUCUCUCGAACCUUUCAUGAAAUGGAAUCAGAAAUAACACAUUAAUGGAAUGGCAGCCAUGAAAAUCAAUAUGCUGAUUUAAGGUAACAGCUAUUUUAUGAAUGUCCUGUUGUUGUCUGAAAUGUUCAGAUUGUGGACCCUAAAAUAAAGUGUAUUACAAAGUAAUGCAACUUCCAACAUAAAAGGUAUAAGGAAGCUAGUUUUUCAAGAGAAGGUGCACGCAUUCAAAUAUGACUGUGUUGAAAUUACAUUUUUUUUAAGCCUGUAGGAACUAGAAAUUCAAUGGAGCAAAUGGCGCUAGUACAGAGCCAUCCAUACUCUUUCUAAUGCUGAGACAAUCACUGUUCACUGAAAUUUAUAUGUGCAGUACCAGUACGUCAAAUUUAACUAAGGACACAUUCAUGCACGUUAUUGUCACGAAUAACCCAAACAACUGUGCCUUUGUAUGAAACACUACAAGGAGCAUUGUGAAGUACAAUACUUAAAAUGAUCAUGAUGAAAGGAUGACCAGUCACGAUUUUAGACUUUUUUUUCCUUUCUUACAUACCGCGCUUAGUUUCACAUCACUUCUAAAGAAUAAUACAUUCCGACACCCCGCAAACACGUGCGUAUUUUACAGGCUGUCAAUGAUCAGUCUAAUAGAAUCAAUAAGAUAUUUUAGGAUGCACAGUGUCACUAUAAAGGCAUGCCCUUUGUGUGAACCAUUUGCCUCAAUUGCUGAUGGUUUUCACUUAUUAGAAUCACAUUUACGAAUCGUCGCCAGUGUGAAUUAAUCGCAAACGCGUAUUCACAGCCAUUUGCUUGCUUGACUUGCAUCGGAUGAGGAGAGGCGAUGACAUGUGUCUGAGAACUUUAUAAUCUGCUUGUUGUUCUGACGCAGCGUUUUUGACCAGAUUAUAUGGGCGCACAGUGCUCAUCUAGUGUCAUUCAACACUACUUUAUAACCACAUGCACUGCAACCUAUCGGACGUCGAUUUUGUGUUGGAGCUUAGUCGGACAUUUUUCAGUGGCAUGUGAGACAACAGUGAGGGGUUUGAUGAAAUCAAAUUCACACAUCCAGAACAAUGGCCACCACACUCAUAAUCAAGCAGGAACAAAUCAAUGUAAAAAGCAAUGUUUUGCUGAGCUAUAUUUACGAUAAUGCCAAUGGCUUAUAUUUUGUGUGCUAUCUCAUAGUGGACUUCUGUCUCAUGCACUCAUUCGUUCACGAAGUAAGAACCAAUCUAACCGAUAAAUUGUCAGAGGCGGCUGCCCCCAUUUUGCAUUCUGCGAUCAAUGACUUAUUCAAACCAUUUUUCAAAUGCACAAUGACA